AUGGCAUUCACUCUCUACUACUACACCCCCUCUGCUGCGGCAGCAGGAAUCUUUGUUGUUCUGUUCGGCAUCAGCACUGUAUUGCACUUUCUGCAGCUGGUUCGGACGCGAACGUGGUUCAUGAUCCCUUUCUUCAUUGGAGGAAUCUUGGAAACAAUCGGAUAUGUUGGCCGUCUGCUGUCAUCGCUUGAAAGCCCCAACUACAGCACAGGCUCGUAUGCCAUGCAAAGCGCCCUGAUUCUCAUCGCUCCCGCCUUCCUGGCUGCCAGUAUUUACAUGACCCUCGGUCGCAUCAUUCGAAUGGUGCAGGCCGAACACUACUCGGUGUUCAGGUUGAACUGGGUGACCAAGAUCUUUGUUGCGGGCGACGUUCUUUCCUUUCUGAUGCAGGCCUCUGGCGCUGGUCUCAUGGUCAGCAACUCUAGCGAUCCAUCCUCGGGCGAGCACAUUAUUAUUGGCGGUCUCUUUGUUCAGAUUAUCUUCUUCGGCUUCUUCAUUAUCACCGCGCUCAUCUUCCAAAUGCGACUAGCGAAGGCUCCCACCGGCACUUCCGUUGAAUUAUCGCACAUCUGGCGUCGCCACAUGAACGCUCUCUACAUCUCCAGUGUCCUGAUCUUCGUCCGUUCCAUUGUCCGUGUGGUGGAGUACCUGCAGGGAUAUGACGGCUAUCUCAUGAAGCAUGAGGUUUUCAUUUAUGUCUUCGAUGCGUUGCUGAUGUUCCUGGCGAUGGAGAUACUCCAAUUCAUCCAUCCCAGCCAAGUCAACUGCUAUCUGGGGCGUGGAGACCGUUAUUCUGACAAAGUGAUCAAGACGCAAAAGUUCAUGUCUGUGCCGGUGGAAAUGGAGGUUUCGUCCGUUUGA